AUGAGUCAUGUCGGCAAGGCAACGCUAGCAUCCAAUGCUGUACUCAGUCCUUCACAUCGUGCAACAACCUCCGAACACAUUCAAAGCGUCAUUGUCACUGCAGCCUUACAUGCCGCUGACAGCCCCGAUCCACCUAAUGAAUACCUCGCCAACUUGCCACCCUUGAACGCACAGAUAUCAGCCAAGAACUUUGUACGUUUCGCUUCACGAUGUGGAUUCAUGUUUGCUUUUCGAGAUGCUGUAUUGCUCCUGCUCAGCUGGGAUAAACCCUUGGAUACCAUGGUUGCCAUGGUGGGAUACAUUCUUGUAUGCAUGUAUCCACGACUCUUAUUACUUGCACCCCACGCCAUUCUUCUUCAUUUACUCCUUGCAAGCUAUCAAAAGCAACAAGAUCUACUCAAGAUCAGACGUGAAGGAUCACCCGAGUAUUUACGCAACAUGCAAAACUUACAAAACAUGAUGGGCGAGAUCAGCAACUUGUACGACACUGCUUCUGCUUAUCAGCGAUAUAUUGAUUGGUCCGAUGAAAAGUUGACAAUGUCGAUCUUGCAGGCCACACUUGCAUCAGCUGUUGCACUUGGUAUCAUUGUAUGGUGGAUCCCAUUGAGAUUAUGUGCUUUGGUUGGUGGAUGCUCAUUGUUCCUUGCCAAUACACGAUUUGCAAAGUACUGCUGGCGAGAGCUUGGACCUGAUGCGAUGGUUUAUGCACAAGAAAUGUUUAAUGGCGCAUCCGAUUGGUAUAAUGACCGACAGCAACAACAACCUGUAAAACAUGUUCAGCAAUCACAAGAACAAGGCACUGGUCAAAAUAAUGAUGAACAAGUUCAAGUGUCGCUUUAUGAGAAUCAACGAUGGUGGCCUGGCACUGGAUUUGCUCCUCAGAUGCUUGAAGGAGAGCGCAACCCAUGGUCUGAUUUAUCAGGUUCAGUGCAACUACAGCCAAAGGAAGAUAUGGCAGCUCCCAAAGGAUACCGAUGGUCGCAAGAUAAUUGGCACCUUGAUACAACUGGUCCAUGGAUUGAUGAUGUACUAGGGAUAGAGUUUCUUGUAUCGCCUGAAGAAGGAGGAUGGGUCUAUACAAACAAUCAUUGGGAGUAUGAAGGAAAGAGCAAUGGCAAAGAUCGACAAGGACGUUUGACACGAAGACGGCGAUGGAUCAGAAAUUGUAUACGAACCACAAACGACAUGCUUUAA